CUUUAUUCAACAAUUAAACAAAAACGUUUUGGCUGUGAUGUCUUAAUGUAAAAUGUGGAACAUAAAAAGAAGACGAUUUGAGAAAUGUCUAUUUUCAUUUAAGUACUUAUUUUAUACAAAGUGGAUCAAUUGUAACGAAAACAGUCUUCUUACAUGUUUUGUCGUGGAAGUGAUAUAGGUUUAAACACUCAGAGAUCAGAGGAAGUGAACGAACACAGGAAGAGCUGAGAGUAUUUAAAGAAAGAGUUGAAGAGGAAGACUGACAGAAAGAGAAGAUGUCUGAUAAGUGUGAUCUGUGUCUGCUGGGACUCAUCUUUCUCUCUUCACUUCUCACAGGUAUCAGUGGAGUGGAUGAGACUCAUGUGUUCAUCAGUUCUGGAGAAAAUGUCCGUCUGACCUGUAAUAAUGCUCUUCAUGACUGUAGAUCAACUACAUGGAACUAUAAUAAAAGACAUUCAGCAACAGUUGAACUGAUCACUUUAGGGAUAAAGAAGAAAGACACAGAGAGACAUGAGAGACUGAGUCUGGGGUCUGACUGCUCUCUGAACAUCAAGAACAUCACAGAAGAAGAUUAUGGACUUUACAUCUGCAGACAAUAUGUGAAUAAACAACAACAUGGAGCUGAUGCUUGUGUUUAUCUGCAUGUUCUUCAGAUGUCUUCAUCAUCUUCAUCAUCCUCACAGACUGAGAUCAGUGCAGACUCUGUGACUCUCUUCUGUCAGCUGUAUUCAUAUUCAUAUACUAGAGACUCUUGUGAUUGGAUCAGUUCUAAGAGAAUUGAGGUGUUCUGGGUAAAUCAGACUGGUGUUAAACUGAAGAGAUCAGACUCCAGAGAUCAGAUAUUAUUCUCAUCAAAUCAGUGUAUCAUCAGACUGACUACAACACUCCUGAAUGAAGAUCUCUACAGAGAGUGGAGAUGUGAAGUUACUCACAGAGAUCAAGUCAAGACCUCAGUCACAUACACUGUCAGGAGAUCAGCUCGAGCUGAAACAACGACAGCAGAAACUUCACGAGCUCCAGAUUCAGUGACACAGAUUCCAGUCAGCAGCUCAAACUCUGAGAAGAAAUCAGGAGAAACUCCAGCAGUUGUAACAUUCAGUUCAGAAACAGCACCAGUUUCAGACACUGAAUCAAGAUCUGUGCUUCGAGUGAUUGUGAUUAUUGUAGAGUUUGCAGUGUUUGUUGCUCCUACUGUGAUUCUUCUUCAGAUCAUCUGUAUGAGAAGAACUGAGAAGAAGAAAUCACAGCACCGAGAGGAAAUAGUGAUGAAUACGAGAUAA